AUGUAUUCCCCCAAGAUCGGCGACAGGCUCGACAGCCUUGACACCCCAUCCAUGAUUGUGGAUCUGGAUCUCAUGGAAGCCAACAUUAAGAAACUCUUUGACAGCCUCCUACCCACUGGGCUCAAUAUUCGCCCUCACCUGAAGACUACCAAGAGCGCGAUCCUCGCACAGAAGCUUGCCGCUGCAGGGGCCAAAGGUUGCUGUGUGGCCAAAAUUAUUGGCGAGCCGAAGGUCAAAAGGCUGGUGGAACUGUUCAAGAAGCACAAAAACAUUAGGAUUGUGGUAGACAGUGAAGUUGGCGCAACGGCAAUUAACAAUGCACUGGCGCAGGCGGGCAUCGCAGAACCUAUCUCUGUUUUGGUGGAUCUCGACGUAGGCCUGCAUCGCACCGGUGUUGCCAAUGCACAGGCAGCGCUCACGUUGGCAAGGCAUAUCAGCUCUCUCCGCCACCUGCGCUUGAUCGGUGUCCAGGGAUAUGAGGGCCAUUUACAGCACCUCCACAGCUGGGAGGACCGUAAGCAACAAUGUCUCGAGUCAAUGAAAAUCCUCACAGAUACAGCUACGCUGCUCCGCAAUGAGGGCUUCAACAUUGAAGUAGUUACGACAGGGGGGACUGGAACUGUUGAGUUCUGCGCUGCAGUGCCCGGUGUGACCGAACUGCAGCCUGGAUCCUUCAUUUUCAUGGACACCGACUACCGGAAUGCGGUCGGGACAUUUUAUUCAAAUAGCCUCACGUUACUCUCUACGGUCAUCAGCAAACAAGGAGAGAGGACAGUGACAAUCGAUACUGGCCUAAAGUCCUUGACGACAGAUAGUGGGCUGGCAGAGUGUAAAGACCCGAGGUACACGCACGAGAACCUGGGCGAUGAACACGGCUCACUGAGCUGGGAGGAAGGAACCCCAAAUUUGGCCGUGGGCGACAGGGUUGAAAUGAUUCCGAGCCAUAUUGAUCCCACAAUUAACCUGCAUGACUUCUAUUAUGCUCAUCGGAACGGGAUUGUUGAGGAAAUCUGGCGCGUUGACUCGCGGGGAAAGGUUCAAUAA